CCACGGACGGGCUGGAACCAGAAACAGUUUCCAACAGUCUACCACACUCAUGGGAGGAAGUACGAAAUAUGCUUCCUAUAUUUUCACUUCUCUAUCUGUAGCAGUUUGUUAACCCACAUUACACAAGUAGUCUUUUCCACCGUCAAUGCUCAGUUCCUGAUUGAUGCUUCAGUUAAUCUACUUUACAACCAUUUGAGUGUGUUUUGACCGUGUGUAGACCAUAGAUCACACAGAUCACAUUAGUUGCAGGAGUGCUAUGGAAAAAUGCAGACUGCCUGCCGUUUUGCUGCUGGCACACAUUGGCCUCUCUUCGGUAGUGUUGGAAGCUCAGGUCAGUGUUGAACCACAGGUGACAGGGUACCUGGGUAAUGAUGUCACACUGCGUUGUAAGUUGAUCCAGGGCGAUCUCAUUCAGGCUGAGUGGCAGUGGGAGAUGUCAGAUACUAAAAGGUUUUCCAUAGCUGUCUUUAACCCUAACUUAGGGCAAAACAUUUCUGGGUCACCUCUAAAAGGGAGGUUGGAGUUCGCUGGAGCUUCCACCGGUGAUUCCUCUAUUACUAUAAAAGAUGUGGAGAUGACGGAUGCAGGGAAAUACAUUUGUCUCCUGACAGUCUUCCCUAGUGGCUCAUUUGAGAGAACAACCAUCCUCACUGUACUGAAUCAGAUUCCACCUCCAUCAUCCGGCGAGGUUGUAGGAAUUGUUACCGCAGCCCUCCUGGUAACAGUUGUCAUGACAGCCACAGCUUACCUCAUCAUUGUCAGGAAGAGGCACAAGGCUUUAUUCAACCCCUCUGUCAGCAUUGAUGCAAGCAGCCUGGCGGUCAGUGCAGACAGGACAGGGACAGGAAUAGAAGAGGAUCUGGUUUAUUCGGAGAUUAUCAGAUUCAACAUUGACAAGAGGAAAGCACACGACCCAUCUGGAGAAGACCAGAAAGAUGCAGACGUCAAGCCAGCUGAGGAUGUCACCUUCUCUGCAGGGGCGGUGGGGAACCAGCAUUCUUUAAGGGAAGACACAGUUUACUCUCAGGUGGUGAGAAAGGACUGGGACAUAGAUGAUGUAUGGACUGUCUAAGCACAAUAACAGUAAAGGGAUAACCAGACAUCCUUUAUAUUCACAUACAUUUAACUGAAGUUAUUCUUGUUGGGGAAGUGACCUCCUUAUUAGACAAAGCCAUCUAGAUCCUACAGAAGGGCUAUGUGUGUGAAUACUGAAAAAUGAUUGCCACCAACAGAAUGCUAUAUAUAUCGGGCAAACAACAAUCUCAGCUCUGUAGAUUUUGUUGCGAAGAGACAGAAUCAAUAGAUAAUUUAUUCUGGUAUUGCCCCUAUGUAGCUUGUUUCUGGUCACAGGUUCAGGAAUUCUUUAAAAAAAAAACACAACAUGCACUUUGGAAAGCCACAGUCAGUCAAUCAAUAAUGUAAUAAUACUCGUAGGAAAGGUUUUCGUCUUUAGCUCACAAUCUGUGGAUAAUAACAUCACAGCACAUUAGAAAAAUACAUGGCACAUGGAAACCAAAUCAGGGUGGUCUAUGGUGAUAGGUGGGAUGGGCUGAGAGUGGCAGAGGGGUGGGAUUAAAGAGCUGAGGUCUAUGGUGAUAGGUGGGAUGGGCUGAGAGUGGCAGAGGG